AUGAGCACACGUCCCCGAGACUUAUCUUCUUCUAUAUUACUUAUUCUUCAAGGCUCUCCACAACUUCCUGUGACUUUGUCGCUUUACCAAACCUCCCACGCCGUUAGUGUUUUUCUGAUCUUAAUAUUUCUUCACGAUUUUUUUCUUUGUUUUGAAUACCACCUUAUUUUAAUCUGCUAUUUUUAUUCCUUUCUUAAAUUUUCUUUCUUUUUCCUUCCUGCCUGCCUUCUUGUCUUCCUUCUUUCCUCUCUACCUUCCUUUCUUCCUUUUUCCUUCCUUCCUUCCUCCUUCCUUAAUUCCUUCCUGCCUAACUUCCUUUCUGCCUUUCUUCUUGCCUUCCUUUCGUCCUUCCUGCCUUCCUUCGUCUUCCCUCCUUUUCUUCCUCCCUUCCUUCCUUCCUUCCUUCCUUCCUUCCUUUCUUUCUUCGUUCCUUUAACCUUCCUUCCUUCUGCCUUUCUUCUUGCCUUCCUUCCUUGCUUCCUUCCUUCCUGCUUUCCUUCUUUCGUCCUUCCUGCCUGCCUUCCAUCCAUCCUUCUUUCCCUUCCUUCCUGUCUUACUUCUUUCUUUCCUUCCUGUCUUCCUUCCUGCCUUCCUUCUUGCCUUCAUUCCUUGCUUCCUUCCGUCCUGCUUUCCUUCCUUUCGUCCUUCCUGCUUGCCUUCCAUCCUUCCUUCUUUCCCUUCCUUCCUGUCUUACUUUUUUCUUUCCUUCCUUUUUCCAUCCUUCCUUUUUCCUUCCUUCCUUUCGCCCUUCCUGCCUUCCUUCCUUCCUUCCUGCUUUCCUUCAUUUCGUCCUUCCUGCCUGCCUUCCAUCCAUCAUUCUUUCCCUUCCUUCCUGUCUUACUUCUUUCUUUCCUUCCUGCCUUCUUUCCUUCCUUCCCGUCUCCUUCCUUCUUCUUUCCUACCUUCCUUCUUUUCGGGAUCCCUUUCUUCAUCCUUCCUUCCUUCCUGCUUUCCUUCCUUGCUUCCUUCCUUCCUACCUGCCUACCUUCUUGUCUUUCUUCCUUCCUUCUUUCCUGCCUACCACCCUUCCUCCCUUCUUUCCUUUCGUCAUUCCUGCCUUCCUUCUUGCCUUCCUUCCUUUUUUUCCUACCUUCCUUCCUGCCUUCUUUCCUGUCUUCCUUCCUUCCAUUUUCCUUCCUUUCUUCCUGCAUUCUUUCCUUUCAUCCUACCUGUCUGCCUUCCAUCUUUCCUUCUUUCCCUUCCUUCUUGUCUUACUUCUUUCUUUACUUCCUGCCUUCUUUCCUUCCUGCCUGCCUUCCUUACUUCCUUCCUCCUUCCUUCCUGCCUUCUUUCCUGUCUUCCUUCCGGUCUUCCUUCCUUCUUCCUGCCUUCUUCCUUCUUUACUUCCUCCCUGGCUUCCUGCUUACCUGCCUUCCUUCCUGCUUGCCUUCCUUCCUACCUUCCUUCCUUGCUUCCUUCCUUCAUACUUUCCUUCCUAUCUUCCUUCCUUCCUUCAUACUUUCCUUCCUAUCUUCCUUCCUUCGUUCUUCCUGCCUUCUUCCUUCUUUAUUUCCUCCCUGCCUUCCUGCCUUCCUUCCUGCCUUCCUUCCUGCCUGCCUGCCUUGA